AUGAAUUCAGAUUAUAAGUGGAGAGAGCAAACAACAUCAAGACUGAAUGGUUCAAAAGCAAGAGAUUCUGGUGAAAAUGAAUCUACCAUCAAUAACUUUGUUCGUAGACAUCAACGCAAUCUAUCAUUACCCAUCAAUAAUGUUUUUCAGCCAACAACGACAAAAGCUGAUUCUGUAACUACAAUGUCUAAUUCUAAAGGCAACGGAAUAUCUUAUUCUAGUCCAGUUCACAAAAAUUACCAAGAAUCCAAUGACUGUGAUGAUUCCUCUUCAAAUAGUGAUACUGGUAGUACAGGUACUUACAUUAUUGAGAGAAAUGAUACAUCUAAUGAUAACAAAUCAGAACAAUCACCAGAUUACGACGAUAGUGUUGAUGAUUUUAAAAAGUCCAAUUCAAUGGUCAAGAAACUACGUUCUAGUUGGGUCAAUGAAUGGCAUUCAAAAUUGAAUCAAAACAAAUCAUCUCUUUCAAGCCCAAUUCCUCUACUAAAAUCUGACAUCAAACCUAAUUCACCAAUUUUAAUGAAACAUACAAGGAAAUCAAAUAUUCCGUUGCCAAAUGCAUCUAGUAUAAAAGACUUAAGUGAAAAUAGUGUUAAAAGUAUAAGCAGUGAUGAUGAUACCAGAUUACUUUUAAAAGAUGCUGAGAAUUGUGUUUCUAUGCUAGAAGCUAAAGUUGAAAAAACUGUUCACACUGCAAUUCAAUAUAAUCGAACUUUUAACUUGCGCCGUGAUAGAUUUGCAAAGCCGCAACAAGACACAAAUAAAAAAAAUGUAGACUCCAAGACUGCUAAUGAUAAAUCUAACUUAUAUAAGCCUUCAAGCCAAAAUUUAAGUUCAUCAUUGUCGAGAGUUGAUUGUGGGCGUUAUAGUUUAAGAACAUCCAGAGUGCCUCAACCAAAUUCAUCACCGUUGUUGUCUGCUCGCAAAAAUUUAUCAUCAAAAAAAAAAUGGAACUCAAGUAUACUUUGCAACAAAGUUCAAACUCCAAAUAAGGAAACAGAAUUGGAAAAUUGGAAACGACGUAAAAAUUAUGACCCAUUAAAAGCAGCCGCACAAGGAAAGAAAAAAGAUCAUCAAAAACCAUCGUCAUUUUCCAAGGAAAAGAGUGUUGAAAAUUCUGGUAAUCCAGUUUUAAGAUCAGCAUCUUUUCAUGGUCGAGAUGGUUUUUCUCAAGAGGAUGAUAGUGAUGGGUGGGAACAAAAAAGUUUGCAUUUCUAUGAUCAUGUUGAUGAUUGGCAUAAAUUACCACAACCACCUGCUACAUCUAGAGAUCAUUCACCUCCGCCAUCCAAGAACGAAAAUCUUUCUUCAUCAGCAAAUUCAUCACUAGCUAUGUUGCCUACUCUGAUAUCGGCACAUAAUGGCUCACCUACGUUUUUGCACAAAUCAUUGUCUGCAUUUAAUAGCUCUACAAGCUCUUCUCUUGAUGUCAGUUCAAUGCCAGAUGCUUUGUUUGACGAUAAAGAUACAUUGGAUAUGGUUCAGUUAUCGUAUAAAGCCAAAAAACGUGGUAUUGAACUUAUGAAGAGAAUAAGAAAAGAGUUACCUGAACAUGAUGAUAUAGUACUUACUAGGGGUAUUGCAAGUAUUGAUAUAAUGGAUGAUUCAUUCCAUAUUCCAAUGAAAUCAUGGGGUAUGUCAGUGUCGGCAACUAAUAUUAACUGUGUCGAUAAUAUAUUCAGAAUACUUGAAAACGUUUUAUUCAAAGACAAUGAUAGCAGAGAAAAUAAUUCAGACAACUAA